AUGCUCGCACCCUUCAUCAACCAAUCACAGCUGACAAAAUCACAUCCUCAUUAUGCACCUCGAUCCAAUAUUGCUUGGCAACUACGUCAGAUAAAAGCUGCAGCAGGAAAGAUAAGAACAACGUUUCCUAACGCACCCUCUUCAUUGUUUGAGCGCUGCUUCCGUAUUCUCUUAUUCUUGUCACAUCGCCAACUACAAAUCAGGACGAUGUCUCGCGAGCGCGACUACGAACUGGAGACAUUAAGGAAUGUUGACACGGGCAAUGGUUCCUCAGCACCACUGGUUGAUGAACAGAGUAUUUCAAGCCUACCCAAGUCAUCAUGGCAAGGAACGCGACCGGUUGAUGAACCCGACAUCCAUAAAUCUCCGCUAAACGGGAACACUUUCGAGGAUAAAGGGAAACCUAGCCCUCUCCUUACUUUUCCUGGUUCAUUAAAAUCGAAACGGUCAACGAGCAAAAGCAGCAGACACUUGGCUUUUCGCUAUUUUGCACUCGUGCAUCUACCGCCAGUCGCAAUCACAAUUACCCUUCUGUCGCUUUACAUCACUCAAGUUCGCUGGGUGAACCCCUCCACUGAAGCGUUGAACGGCCUACAGUUUGCAGCCAAGGGUCACGAGACGCUCAUCCUAGUGUCCUUGGGAGAUAUCCUCCUGCACCAGAUAUCCUACGGCUUGAAACGCCAGGAAGUCGGUGUGCCGCUUGGCUUUUUGUCAUCUGCGUUGAACCUUGCAGCGCCUCUGCGAUACCUCAUCAGCCGUCAGCUAUGGGCUCCAACGUUGCAGUCUGGCAGGACAGCUCAGUAUCGACGGGCUUCAGCAGCUCUGAUCAUGUUGAUAUCCAUUCUGUGCCUUGGAGCAAGUCCACUGUCCGCCAUUGCCAUGAUCCCUCGCCAGGGUUGGUGGAAGGACCACCAUUUCGACCCAAGUUAUAGAUACCUCUUCGAAUACGAGCCCACCCAGUGGAUCCCUCAUAUGGAAUACAGAACAACACUUGAUGCAGAGUCUGGACCCUACCUGAGAGACAUUAUAGAUCCCUCUGCUGUACCUUUACAUACUCUCCUCAAGGCUGAUUACCGUGCGGUUGGCACAGUUGGACCAGAAAAUCAAAACAUUUCGUAUUCCAACUUUAACCAAUCCGAAUUCUCGUACAUUGCAACGGCGGAUUAUGGGUUGCCGACAAUUGCUACUAGCCAAUUAUCCUUCAUAGCAUUUGGACUGGGAAACGCUUCUCCAAGAGGCAUCAAUGGAAUAACUACUAGGAUGUCAUGGAUUACCUCUUCCAAACGACAAGUUAAUGGAACAGGAACUCAAAAGUCUUGGAAACAGCCUGUUGUAGCUGUACAAUGCCUCGGAGAUACAGUCUACAAUGGGAGCCUCUACUUUCACUUUUCUGGUUGGCAAUCGGAGGUUAUGUCGACCCCCUUCCGAGUGUCCCUUAAUCUCAAUGACUCUUCGGCUCUUGCGGAUUUGCAUAGUAGCAAUUCUACCGACUAUCGCUUCAUCGACCUUCCAGCAAGUGAAGAAUGGCUGGUGAGCGGCAACAUACUGUUUGCCAGUACUGCUCGAAUUGAGGAAGAAGAUGAGCCUGAGCGACACUAUACACUCUGCCUAAUAUUUGCUCGUUGGGCAGAAGCCGAUACAUGGAUCGAGCUCCCCCAUUACUCGCGACCCUGGAGUCACUUCAACCCACCAGUAAGAUUCGAUAGCAAUUCCAGCGAUGUUAUCCAUAUGGAUGGGAAGUGGUUGGAAGAUAUCUCAUCGUUCUCUAAUGGGUCAUUCUUUCGCUCCAUUGCAGACUAUUGUGUAGCGGACGACAGACGGGAUUGCCAAGAGCGGUUUCUAGGUCUACAUAUCACAGACGCGAUCUCUCAAGCGGGAAACAACGUCUCAUGGCCCAACUACUUUGCAGGAAUUACACCGUCAGACGGCGCAACAGAAGACAAGGUAACUUACACUCGAUCUUAUUACACGUACGCGUAUCGCUUUGAAAGCAGCCACAGUAUCCCUUUGGCAUUUACUUUUCUUCUUCUGCAUCUUUUGUUGGUAUUGAUACACUUGAUUACAAUUCUUGGAUCGAAUGAUCCUUGGCAAGGCUCUGACUGGGACAAUUUUGGAGACAUGUUGGUUCUUGCUCUUGCAUCCAAGCCACCAGACGGCGCAAAUGAUCCAACUCGACAAACUUCGAGGUCUGAAUUAUGGAAAAAGACUGUUACAGUUGAUCGCGACGGGGAAGAGUUUCAAUAUAGGAUUCGUCUGAGAGACGAGAAAGGGUAUUAG